CAGAUUCCUGGCUUGAAGUAGAUGUGAAAGGCACGCUACAUGGACAGUUCUACUUGUACUAACAUCUUUUUAAUCAGGCUACUGAUGAAAUAAAAGUCAUCCAGAACAAUUUGCUCUGAUAAGGCACUAUGUUGCCUGCAGGUUUAACAAUAUUUUCUCUCAUACUGUCUUGAGUCGCUCUUUACUUCCCUUGUCAUACCACUGGCCUCUCUGGAUACUUACAAAUCUUCGUCGGUUGAUUCGGGCCGGUUCUCAUUGAACACUUCAACCUUGCCAUUUCGCUUUAUAUCUCGAGGAGGGUUUCGGCUACCAGGUCAAGACACACAAGUAUCCACUGUUGCCUGGCACGGAUACCUCAUUCUGGACUUCAAGUCGGCCUAGGCUGGUGUUGGGCAGACGGGUGGCCAUAUCUGAACACCCACCACAUAGCAUUGAUAUUCUUAUCCACAUAUGAUUUACUGCCGGUGAGGAGCAAAGUGUUGGCGGAAAAUGGUUAUAAUAUCCCUCGAGAGAGAAAGCAAUGGCAAGACCAGAUUCCGCGGAUGUACCAGCAUUCGUGAUUUUGAGUUCUUGGGUAAGCUUGGUGAAGGUACUUUUGGGGAGGUCUACAAGGCACGGUCGAAAAAAGACAACACUGUCGUUGCUCUCAAAAAAAUACUCAUGCACAACGAGAGAGAUGGGUUCCCUAUCACCGCUCUCCGCGAGAUCAAGCUCUUGAAGAUGUUAUCUCACACAAACAUCCUACAACUCAGAGAAAUGGCCGUGGAACGGAGUAAAGGAGAAGGACGAAAAAAGCCUAGCAUGUACAUGGUUACCCCAUAUAUGGAACACGACCUUUCAGGUCUCCUGGAGAAUCCGACUGUUCAUUUUACUGAGGCUCAGAUCAAGUGUUAUAUGGUACAGCUCCUGGAGGGGCUCAGGUAUUUACAUGAGAAUCGUAUCUUACACCGUGACAUGAAGGCCGCCAAUUUGCUUAUCAGCAACAAAGGCAUACUUCAAAUUGCUGACUUUGGCUUGGCUCGACCAUAUGAAGAACCCCCUCCUCAGCCUGGAAAGGGUGGCGGAGAAGCAAGACGAGAUUAUACCACCCUUGUCGUAACUCGAUGGUACCGCCCUCCUGAGCUUCUUCUUCAGCUUCGGCGUUAUACUACGGCGAUUGAUAUGUGGGGUGUCGGAUGUGUUUUCGGUGAAAUGUUCAAAGGAAAACCAAUACUUGCUGGUAACAGUGAUCUCAACCAGGCUCAACUCAUUUUCAGCCUGGUAGGCUCACCUACCGAAAGGAAUAUGCCAGGGUGGAGUUCACUACCAGGAUGUGAGGGCGUAAAGGAUUUCGGGAACAGACAGGGCAAUCUAUGUGAAGUCUUCAAAGGCCAAAGCCCCGCCGCAAUAUCGUUGCUUAGUGAGCUUUUGAAGCUUGACUGGCGGAAAAGAAUCAACGCCAUGGAUGCUUUGAAUCAUCCAUACUUUUCGAGCCCGCCAUUGCCUGCACGACCUGCUGAGCUCCCGUCUUUUGAGGACUCGCAUGAGCUUGAUAGGAGAAGAUUCCGUGGCCAACGGGCCCCUAUGCCACCGGCACCUGCAGGAGGUUCCGUAGGAGUUGGUGGCCCGAAUGGAAGCUGGGCCACCAGUUCUGGAAACAGAACAGCCAUUGAUGGUAGACACAGUCGCCUUCCAAGCGCCGCCCUUCCGGCAUGGCCCAAUAUCAACGGAACUCAUGGAAUUCCAUCGCAGCGCUCUCUCGACAAUCGAAGUGGUGAGGCGUAUGUCGGUCGAGUGAGAAUGGGUAUCGAGGAGUCAGGUCAUAACGGUAGCCUGCCACCUCGACCGCCCGCAUCAACCCACCAGACAUGGACCACCGGCAACACCGGCAGAGGGCGUGAUAGAAACCAACAGGGUCGCUUGGGCGGGCGAUCAGAAGGAGGUUUGGACUCGUAUGUUCCAAGUCAUAUUGCUUCAAUUGAACGCAACCGCGAAAGAGAUUAUCAUAAUUCGGGAAAUUAUGUGGACCGGCGUGAAAUCAGCAAUGAUCAGACCUACCAGGCCGGGCGCAGAGAGUAUUCCCGAGACAACAACCCUUCGAGGAGAAGGAGUCGAAGCCCGGAUUUUAGAGAGAGGAAUCGAGAUUUUACGAGAAACUUGUAUCGCCGAUAAUUUAGUACUCAUAUUGGAUAAUCUAAUAUCAUUUUCUAGGUGUGGAUGAUGACCAGUCU